AUGUAAACAAAUUCACACGUUGUCAAAUAAUUUUUAAAAAUUUUUGAGGAUUUUUCAGAUAUAAAUCUUGACAUCAAUAAAGCUCAGUCAGACAAUCUGUGGACAAUAACGCUUAAUCACUUAAUCAAUAAAGGUUAAACAAAUAAUGAACUUGUAACAUUAAUUGAAUUUGGACAAACGAGAAAUGAGUCGAGAAUAACGCAACAAUUGAAAUAUACACAACUGCGAAUGAUUUAUGAUUGUAUGAACCAAAAUAUUCCCAUUUAAAUAUGAUCUCGUUUCGAUGAAAAUUAAUUUUUCGUGUUUUAGUUCUCAUCUCCAAUUAGACCUGAUCUAGUAAUUAAGAGCCGACUUCACUUCAUGUUAAUCUUUCGACACUGUACGCGUUGAAAAAUGAUUAUUUUCUUGUGCUUUAAUUUCUCAUAUAAUAUAAAUAUAUUUAUUUUUUUUUUUUUCAAUUUGACCAGCCACAACAAUUCCGAGUUUAACGUAUUAUUAAUGAAGCAAUCAAUGUCAAUAAUACCUUUAUCAACGGGAAACUAUCAAGUUCAAAAGGCUCAAACGUCUACAAUUGAUUGGGAUAUUAACGAUACAAAUGUUCCAGCAAUAAGUGAAGCUGAAUUAGAUGAAUUUCAAGAAUGGGCUGAUGGACAUUGUCGUUAUGUUUACAGUUUAAUUAAUGAAGAUGCAAAAAAGCAUAUUUCUGGAUGGGCUAUGAGAAAUACGAAUAAUCAUAAUGUUAAUAUACUUAAGAAGAGCUGUUUGGGCGUACUCGUUUGUUCUGCUGGAUGUACGCUGCCAAAUGGAUCGAAAAUAAAUCUUCGUCCUGCCAUUUGUGAUAAAGCAAGACGAAAACAGCAAGGCAAGAACUGCCCAAAUAGAAACUGUAAUGGAAGACUGGAAGUGUUAGCAUGUAGAGGACAUUGUGGAUAUCCAGUUACACACUUUUGGAGGCAUACAAAAUUUGGAAUUUUCUUUCAAGCAAAAGGCGUUCAUGAUCAUUUAAAACCAGAGCCCAAAAAUUCGGAAUCAAGGAAGACUCUGGGCAUUGGAAGACGAUCAAAAGGCAUUGCACUGUUACUUGCACGAGAAACUGCCGUUGGAAAUAAGAUAAUUUCACUCACCGAAAAUCGUAGAAAGUUAAAAACACAGAAAAUUAACGAUCCUCUAGCGCCUCCACCACUUAUUAAAGAUUCUAAUUCAAAGCCAAACAUAACGUUAAACAUCGAAAAUAAUUCUUGCCACGUGUAUAACUAUCCAAAUGAUGUCUACUGUUUCAAUUCGAAUCCUCAAGCAUCAAAUCAAUUUGUUACUUACCCAAAUUAUCACCAUGAUCAUCAAUUUUUGCACCAUUAUCAACAAUAUACUGCUGCAGAUGAAAAUCAUCAUCAUUAUCUUCCAUCCUAUGAGUCAGGAUAUACAGCAACAAAUGAUCGACAAGAAAAUGUUACAACAUUCCAGUCAGCAAAUAAUGAUUUAUACGAGUUCUUGCCUGAAGAAAUUUUUCAACUGGAUCAGCCAAUAAUUAAGAAUGAAACAAAUGUGCAAAAUAUAAGUUCCACACCGAUUUAUGAUUCAUCGAAUAUCCAGCCUAACAUUUACAAUACAAAUUCAGUAACAAAUCAUAAUUUUGAGCAUAUAAAUGGUAGCAAUGGAAUCAAUGAUAUCCAAAGUGGCACUAGUACUAACUUUAUAAAUUCAAUUGGGAGUCAAACAAAUGAGGAUUAUUAUCAACAGCGAGUAAUUGCGUCGACUAAAGAAAUUGAGCUUUAUAAUAAUUAUCACGCGACGACAUCAGAACCACCAGUUCGCUAUGUUGAAAAUGAGAAAACAAGGAAGCUAUCAAAUUUUUAUCAGGCUGAUGGAGCUAAAAGGGAUAAUAGCGUGUACUUCUUUCAACAAUCUCCUGCUUACUACAUUCCUGAUAUUCAUCCUAUUUUAAGUAAUUCGAGUAAUUCGAACAAAUCGUCUAAUGAUUUUAUUAAUCGGUCAGUGGAAAAAUGUAAUAACGUAAUUGUAAAUCACGUAAAUCAUUAAAUUAUUGAAGAAAUUAAUAAAAGCCCUUUAAUCAAUUGAUUUGUGACUUGUCACAAACAAAUCAAUUCUGAUCCAUCGACUCCCUUAAAUUGUGCCUGAAGCUGGCUAUAAUUCGCAGAACUUUUCGCUCAAAUACACCAAUUGCAUUCUCAUCUGCGAUAGUCAUAUUCCAUGACACAGAACCGUAAAACAAUACUGUGCGUAUUUAUCUUCAUAACGGUUUUUCGUUAUUUCGCUUUUCGGGAAAAAACAAAACACUCGUAAAAAAUUAGAAGUCUACGAUGUGUCGUUAUUGUGAUUUC